AUGGAUGUUGCAGAAGAGCAAAUCCGGAGAGACGAAGAGAAUCGAUUAAUGAUUGGGGAGAAACGAAAGCCGUCGUUUGAUUCUACGGGAAACCAACAGCGACGACAGGAUUUCAGGUUAGCCAAAUGUCAGAAGCUCCAAGAAGGGCAUCGAAGUUACAAAUCUGACCUAGGAUCGAGAAAUAGCAUGCCGGAGAAGUUCCGCGUCAGGCUCGAGAUCUGCUCUCCUGAUUCGUUUUCGGUGACGCCGGUUCAAGCGCAAGGGCUUCGAUUCCCGGAAGAGCAAGGUUGCCUUCGUCAAUUGAGUGAGAUUCUACAAGAGGCGAUUCCUUCACACUACACUCAAAAUGACGAUGGAGGAAAAGCUGGGGUUUAUAAGAUCAGAGAUUACAGUAUGGUUUCGGGAUGUCUAAAGAGGUCAAAGAUCGUCCAAGUUGAUGAGAUACCUUGGAUUACGUUUUCCGUUGUCGAGAAACUUUCCCACUCAUUCAUUUCUGGGAAAUGGGAACCUUGCAAGCCCGAACAUUUCACGGAGGAGAAGGUUGAAGAACUGAUUGGAAAUCUGCCGAGAAAAUUGGUGAAUUCGCUUUUGCCUUUCCAACUUGAUGGUCUGAGAUUUGGUCUACGGAGAGGUGGGAGGUGUCUCAUUGCAGAUGAAAUGGGACUUGGAAAGACACUUCAGGCCAUUGCCAUUGCUGGCUGCUUCAUAAGUGAGGGUUCCAUACUUAUUGUCUGUCCAGCGGUUUUGCGUUUCUCGUGGGCAGAAGAAUUGGAGCGUUGGUUGCCAUGUUGUUUGCCUUCUGACAUACAUCUGGUUUUCGGUCAUCAAAAUAAUCCUGCCUACCUACCUAAAUGGCCAAAAGUUGUGGUGAUUUCAUACAAGAUGCUUCAGCAUCUACGAAAGACUAUGCUUGAGCGAGAAUGGGCCCUCUUGAUAGUAGAUGAAUCUCAUCACUUACGGUGUUCACAGAAGAAGUCGGAAACACCUGAGCUAAAGACAGUCCUCGAUGUUGCUGAAAAUGUUAAGCACAUAGUGUUGUUGUCAGGAACUCCUUCUAUAUCGAGGCCUGGUUUGCUGGGAAAGGACAAGAAUGAGUUUCAUAAAACCUAUACUGAAGUCGGGCUUGGCAGAGAUAAGCAGGGGAAAAUUUUCCAGGAUUUUUCAAAGGGUACACGCUUACUGGAGCUAAACGUACUGCUAAACCAAACAGUGAUGAUAAGAAGACUGAAACAGCAUGUGUUAACACAGUUACCCCCAAAACGUAGACAAAUUGUAACCAUACUGCUGAAUAAGGCCGAUAUAGCGUUAGCAGUGGCUAUUGUCAGCGAGGCUAAUAAACAAAAUGCUGCUACAACAGCUGUUACGGAGAACACGCAUGAACCUAAAGGCAUAGCUCAAAAGGCUAAUGGAUCAAAUAACGAUGGACCCAUGAACGCAGAGGACUUGGAUGCCCCUGAGUCUGACAAGGAUAAUCAACUAUGCCGGAAACUCUCCUAUCAACAACUCGGUGUUGCAAAGCUUACUGCCUUUCGUCAGUGGUUAUCCUUGCAUCCUCUUAUAUCGGAAUCGGAUUAUACUCCGGAAGAAAUUGAUGGAGACACAAGCUCAACCAAGAUGGUAAUUUUUGCACAUCACCAUAAGGUUCUGGAUGGAAUUCAGGAAUUUAUAUGCGAUAAAGGGAUUGGUUUCGUCCGCAUUGAUGGAACGACUUUGCCGAGAGAUAGACAAUUGGCUGUACACUCAUUUCAGUUUUCUAGUGAGGUGAAAGUUGCAAUAAUCGGCGUAGAAGCUGGGGGCGUUGGACUUAAUUUUUCAGCAGCGCAAAAUGUUGUGUUUGUUGAAUUGCCUAAAACACCGUCACUGUUGCUUCAGGCUGAGGAUAGAGCACAUAGGCGAGGCCAAACAAGUGCAGUCAAUGUAUACAUCUUCUGCGCAAAGGAUACCAUGGACGAGUCAAACUGGCAAAGUCUGAACAAGAAGUUGCACCGUAUUUCAUCUACUACUGAUGGAAAAUAUGAUGCGAAGACGGAAAUCGAAAUUGAAAGAGCAUAUAUUUUCAAGCCUGCUGAAGAAAGCAGUGAAAGAGAAGCUCUUGAAGCGCAACUAUCAAAAGCCAAUAGUGUAGCAGCUGAUAAGAUUGUUGAAAGCUGUGAAGAUCCGGGAUCUGAGACAGAUGUAUCGAAUGCUAUAGAUCUCAAGGAUGACAUGAGUCCUCAUUUGGAAAUAUUAGAAGCCUGUCCUUUUCUUGAAAAUGGUUCCGGGUCUGAGAAGAGGUCUUCUGUCACCAUUUCUUCUACUAUGCUAGACCAGGAAAACCAAGAAAAUCACCAGCCUGAAAAUCUUAUUGCUGAUAAUGGGCUUGUGAAAGAGAAUGAUUCCGAUUCCUUUUUUCCACUCUUAGAUUCUCUGCGAUUUGAGGUGAGCCAGAACACUGGAAGAAUUCAUUUAUAUUCUUGCAUUCCUGGGAAAGAUCCACGACCAAGGCCUCAUUUCCAGAACUUCCGACCAGAGGAGAUUGAAGCAAGCUAUUCAAGUAUGGGUAUCAAUGAAGAAAAAACUCAUGAAUCCAUUACGGAUGAUCAGGUUCAUGUACUUGCUAUUAUGGAAUUUAUGAAAGAGUGGAAUGCACUACGACCAAUCGAAAAGCGGAAACUACUUGGAAAGCCUUUGCAACUACCUUUGUCACUGGAGUUAAGCUACUUGAGUGAAAGUACUAGCCACAACAGUGAGGGAUUGCUCAGGGGAGGGAGUAAAAGACGAAAGACGCCCUUUUCAGAGAUCAGUAUCCCUUUACCUCAAGAUGCAGUGUGGAAAAAGGUUAACCUCCGAAGAGGCUACCAAAAAAAGGAAAAAGAAUACACUCAAGCUUGGAGUGUGAGCAACGAACCACUCUGUAAACUCUGUCAAAAACCCUGCAAGGGAAACAACGCAAAAGAGCCAGAGUAUUUUGAGGAUCUUUUCUGUGAUCUUGCAUGCUAUGAAAAUUACCGGACAAGAACAAGCAGCAGAUAUAUUCGCCAGGAACUUUUCCAGAUAGAACAUGGAAUUUGCACAAACUGCAAGUUAGAUUGCCACCAACUUGCUACACGGUUAAGGCCUUUACCGCUGGAAAAACGCCGUGAAUACAUAAACAAAGUUGCUCCAGAAUUGUUUGCCCGAAAGAACUUGCUCGAAACCCUGGUUAAUGAUCCAACCGAGGGAAAUGCGUGGCACGCUGAUCAUAUCAUUCCAGUCUACCGAGGAGGAGGCGAGUGCCGGCUAGAGAACAUGAGGACACUUUGUGUGGCUUGUCAUGCUGAUGUCACUGCAGCUCAAUGCGUAGAACGUAGACUUAUACGGUCCAAAGCCAGGAAGCAACUCAAAGACACAUUAAGCGAACUCAGAAACAAUCCAAACCAAAGAAAUCUCUUGGCUGAUGACAGAAAGGAGACUGAUGGUUCGGAAGAGGAAGACGACGAGCUUCUGGUUGAAGUUCCAGGCAGUUCCUACUCCAUAGAACAGAAAAUCAGCCCUGCCUCAUAA